UUGUGGUUUUACCCACAUGGCCGAGGAAAAUAUCGACACGCGGGACGUAUUCACUAUCAUAUGGAGUAUAUGUCCAGGAAAUCCGACAAACGAAUGGUUAACAGGCCAAGGUCGAUCGAGCAGCUUGCGCAAUUACCGGUAGAAGUGACAGAUUCCGAUGACAACAUAGAGGAGUUGAUUCUCGAGUUAAAAUUCAUCAGCCCAAAUUCGAAUACCAAGUCUCGUGCAGAAGAAUUGUGGAUGAUAACGUUUUCAGAUCGUGAAAAAUACCGUAAAAACAAAGAUUUCCAGGAAUACUUGAAGCUGUACCCGGUAGCAUCUGCCUUCGAUGGAAUCAUGGUAUCAAUGGAUUUCGUUAAAAUGUAUCCUGAUGCGAACAGUUUUCAAAUUUGCAAGAAAAAGUUCUUGCAAAAUAUGGCGAUUUGUUUCUUCACAUUCAAAGUGAUGGACGAUCCUGUUGGGUACAACAAUAUGCCAAUCCUAUUCGUACACGAAGCACCUGAAGGGAUUAAUGGUGGAACAUUCGUCUGGAAGGAGUGCACUAUCAAGAUAGCAGCCAAUAUUCUUGAUUGUUUCCGAAUCCUUUGCGAAGCAAUUAAUGUAUUCAACUGCGACAUUAGUCCCGAGAACAAGCAGUUCUAUGCGUUCAUAUUCGCAGUAGUGAUGAAGUAUAGAAGUAGUUGA